AGAAAACAGAAUCAACAGGUUUUGCUAAUUAUUAACCAAUUAAUUGCGGUAUUAUGAUUUGAAAGGAUACUCAAAAGUGCCAUAAAUGUGUCGUAUAGCAAAAAAUUGUAUAAACGACUAUACCCCUCCAUAUUGCACAGUUUAUGUGCUCGAUUAAAGAAAAUUACAAUGGAGGUAGAUAGAGUUGAUAGUACAAAACUGCUGCUAGUGACAGCAAAUGUUGGCUCUAUAUUUGAGGAUCCGGAACACAUGCUCAAGAUAUGGCUGAAAGAGUUCUUGGCAAGUGUACGAGACCUAGAGCCAGGGAUGCUGGCCAUCCACUGUCAGGAGGUCGGCGGCAAAAACUACGAGGCUUCCAUGCAGCAUGUCAACCAAUUUGUCAAGGCCAUGUUGGGCAGCGAUGAACUACAGAAGUAUGAUCGAGCACGCAUCUUCCUCGAUGAGGACUAUACAGCUGCUGAUAAAUUCACAGCAUUGGGUAACCUGUACUUCAUACACGAGUGUGUGGAAGAGGUGUCAAUAUAUGACUUCAUAGAGUGCAAAUUUCUCCCAGUGGAAGGAAGGGAGGUUUUAUCAGGGAAUAUAGAAAACAUUCAAAUCAAAGAAAAAUCCAAAUAUCCCCAGAAUUUCUUCCCCGAUUUCAAAUGGUCUCGAAAAGGUUUUUUACGGACGAGAUGGAAUAUAAAUAACAGUUUGUUUGAUCUGAUCAACAUUCACCUGUUCCACGAUGCCUCAAAUAUCGUAGCCUUGCAAAAGAGUCCCUCAGUGUACUGUGACAACAGAUACCGGGCCUUGGCACACACAUUACAGAGAUUUGAAACAGACCAGUUUGAAAAAGUCCCCUAUUUUAUAUUUGGUGAUUUCAAUUUUCGUCUAGACAUUCAGUCAGUGUUAAAGGACCUGACUGAGAAGACUGAAGUCAACGAAAUCCGUGGUAAAAAGAACCAGAUCUCCAAGCUCACGUACACUGAUGCAAAUAGCAAGGUUGUGUUAACUGUAGAAUCCAAGUAUUUUGAUCACCAUGAAAAACACAACGAGGUGUUUAGAAACAAGGACAGAAUGUUGAACAAGUACGACAAAGAAUUGGAGAUGUAUAAAGACCGAGUGUUCGAGUUUGACUUCACCUUCCCUCCAAGUUACCCAUUCAGCGAAGACGUGAGUGAUGGGUUGUCGUACAUGAAGACUCGCUGUCCGUCCUGGUGCGACAGAAUCCUUCUUUCGCACACGACUGCACCCAUUCUCGUAAAUAAUGAGAAACAUCGUCCCAAGUAUGACAUAAUCGGCUCAGAUGUCUGUAUGGGAGAUCACAAGCCAGUGUAUUUGUUACUAUGGUUACGGAAAGGAAAAGCCACUGUUUCACCAUCGCCCGAACAGACCCAGUUGCCGAUGGCAACGGAAGUGAUUGUUCCAGGCACGCAGGUGAAAAUAUCCGAGGUGGACACUACAAAAUACAUCCAUAUCCGCCAAAAUGGCACAUCUGCUCGCGUCUUCCGUGAAACCUCCGUUUGACUGCUACUGCUGCUGUUGUUGUGUUGUUAACGAGUUAGAAGUCGAUGUACUUAUUCUCAUGUGUCAUUAACAAGUCAGAUGUCAGGAUAAUUUUGUACAUACGUUUUAUGGUUAGUGUUCAAAAGCAAAAACUACUGGGCCAUGUUCGGAAAAUGUUUAUUUUAAACAAUGAUUUUGUGCCCGAAUAUGAACUUGCCGCGCUAGAAGAGGCUCCCAAUGUUUUUUGUAUUUUAACAGCCGACAAUAAUGAAGCAUUUAGCAGAUCAAUACACGGGAUGUGAAAGGAACAAGUUGGAUAUAUUAAUGAAAUUAAUAUUGAAAAGUUACUUAGUAUAGCAUUUGUUUGGUUAUGGAGAGAGAUAUGUUUAUCCACAUAUUAAAUAGACCUUAAAGGCAGCCAAGACACCUACAUUGUAUGUGACUGACAUGUUUUUAUAAAGUAUCACAAAAAUCAAAUUGAUAGGGGCCUAUUUUCUCCCAUACAACAAGUAAAGUAACAGAGUUUCAAUGUCUGGCUAUUAUAAGAAGAAUUAUAAGAAUAUAUAAAUUCUAAAAGUAGAACUGGGUUUUCCGUAUGGAGUUGAUUUUUUUUUUUUAAAUCCAUUUUUGUCACUCUAUUUUGCAUUUUUCUUUCAACUUUAGCACUGAUUUUAUUACCAAAUAUAAAGUACAAGAAAUGUAACACUAAUUUGUUUUUACCGUUACAUUUCAGUGUUUAUAGAAGUAGCUGUGCUUGGCUGCCUUUAAUGGUUCCAUUUUGUAUCCUAGCAAUGGAAGUGUUGUUUAGUUACAUUUUAAACAAAUGAAAUUUUGUGGGUUUAAGUAUAGAAAAGGAAUGAUGGUCUUGCAAUGGAACUGUAGUUAAGUGCAUUUCAAUAGAAUGUGAUUUUGUGGAUUUUAGUAUUGAAAUAGAAUGAAGGUCGAGAUUGUAUCCAAGUUAUGGGACUGAUGUUCAGUAAAAUUGGAUGAAGGUCUAGCAAUGGCACUGAUUUUAGUAGCAUUUCAAUUGAGUAUAAAUUUGUGGAUUUAUGUAUGGAAAUAGAAUUAAGGUUUAGCAAUGGAUCAGGCCCCGAUUUCUCGAAACUUCUUAAGCUUUACAGGCUUAAGUAGCUUAUUUCAAUUAGCUAAAAUACAUACUUAAAUUGAACUUUUAUGAAAUGAAAAUGGUUUAUUGUGAUAAUCAUACAUUUAAUUCCUAUCUAAAGUCUAAAAGUGCUUAAAGAAGUAAAUAUUACGCAAAUAUUUGAAGAACAAAUUUAGCGAGCUUAGCUUAAUCCUGUUAUAAGGGACUUAAGAAGUUUCGAGAAAAUGGGCCCAGUUGUUUAAUAACAUUUCAAUAGAAUGUGAUUUUGUGGUUUUUAGUAUUGAAAUAGAAUGAAGGUCGAGAUUGUAUCCAAGUUAUGGGACUGUUGUUCAGUAACAUUUUCAAUAGGAAAUAAAUCUGUAUAUUUAUAUAUGGAAAUGGUAAGAAGGUCAUGAUUGUGUCCUAGUUUUGCAACUUAGCAGCAUAUUGAAACUCAACAUGCAUUAUAGUAUGUAAUUUGUAUUGAAUAUGCCUAGUCUGGAACUAGAUGUUAAGGGUAUAUAUUAUUCAUGACUCAUUUUUGUACAAGAAAUUUUUCUGAUUAUGGCUAUUUGUAAGCCAUUUUAUUGUUAUUGUUUUAUUAGCUAUUCUGUUGGGAUUUUUUUUAGCAAAGAAAGUGGAGGUGUUGUCAAAGCCUUGGUGUCGCAAUGGCAGCAUUGUUGUGCACGAACUUUAACUGUGCCCAUAACUCAAAAAUGUACAAGAUACUCAAAUUAAAAUUGAUACAAAUGUUGUGCAAGAUGCCUAAUUGAAACUUGCAACAAAUGUUGCCAAAGAUACCCUAAUGAAAAUUGAUACAAAUGUUGCCAAAGAUACUAAAAUGAAACUUGCAACAAAUGUUGCCAAAGAUACCAAAAUGAAACUUGGUACAAAUGUUGCCAAAGAUACCCUUAUGAAACUUGCAACAAAUGUUGCCAAAGAUACCCUAAUGAAAAUUGAAACAAAUGUUGCCAAAGAUACUAAAAUGAAACUUGCAACAAAUGUUGCCAAAGAUACCAAAAUGAAACUUGCAACAAAUGUUGCCAAAGAUACCAAAAUGAAACUUGGUACAAAUGUUGCCAAAGAUACUAAAAUGAAACUUGGUACAAAUGUUAUGCAAGAUGCCUAAUUGAAACUUGGUACAGAUGUUGCCAAAUAUACCCAAAUGAAAAUUGUUACAAAUGUUUCCAAAGAUACCAAAAUUAAAAUUGUUACAAAUGUUGCCAAAGAUACCAAAAUUAAAAUUGUUACAAAUGUUGCCAAAGGUACUCAAAUGAAACUUGGUACAAAUGUUGCCAAAGAUACUCGGUUGAAACUUGGUACAAAUGGUAGAGACAACACACACACACACACAUGAGUAGAAAGGCCCAUACCUUUGGGAAUUCAUUGUCAAGUUAUGCCCCUUUUUUGAUUGAAAAACAACAACAGACAAGCACAGGCGUUCACUCUUCAGCGCUCUUCGAAAACUUAUAUAAUGUCAGAAAAAAACUGAGAUUACCUUUCUGUAAUGUAGGACAAAACAUCCCAUGGACAAAACAUCCCAUGCCAUUUUUGACGAGGUGGACAAAACAUACCACAUCAUUUUGACAUGGUAGACAAAACAUACCUUUCUGGUUUGCCAUCCUGGACACGAGAUCUCAUACUGGACAUGAAAUCCCAUAAACUUUCAAAAAUGGAAUGGGAUGUGUUGGCCUUGGGAUGUUUUGUCUUGCUCCCAUUUUUCUGUUGUGAUCACAAAUAUCUCAUAAUUCAAUAAUCAUCAAUAAAUCAUUGUACAGGACUAGUACCAAUAUUCUAUGAUGCAUAAGACAAAAUCCUUAUACCUGAAAAUACUUCUGAAUUUAUGAGUUAAUUUAAAGCUGUACUCACACAGAUCGAUUGUUUUGACAACUUCUUACAAUUUUUUGUAUAGGAAUGAACCAUUGUUAGCGAAUAAAGACCGUUGAUUUAUGCUGAUAAAAGUAUUGAGAUUUUUUAACUUAUUAUAUAACUUAUUUUACAGUUGUAAAGUUAGGAUUUUUACAAGGACAUUUGCAUUAGAAUUAGUAGAACGUACCUUGAAAUGAGAAUUAUUGACUUAAGAAAAAAAUAAUUUUGGACAUGAAACCCUUAUACUCAAACAGAUCUAUGGCAAUUUUUCAGGAAUGCCAAUUAUCAGCUGUUAGAAUCCCUGCCUCUGCCAUUAUGAAAUUAUUUCUUAGAUUUUUGUAUAAACCAUAUCAAUAUGAAAAAAUAAAUAAGUAUGUAUAUUCUGAAAUCUACCUCUUUUCAGUAGUUGGUGUUCAAAAUUAUAUUUUGUUCAUUGGCAUGGCAGUAAAUUUAAAUCGGCCAUUCAUUUAAUUUUUGUAAAUUGACAGCAGUCUGCUGUUAGUGAUUUGAAUUGGUCGAUUUAAAUGGAGGCUUGACCAGUAGACAAAAUAUAAUCUCAAACACUAAGCUGGUUAAAGCGUUAUUAGUAUGCAUUUACCAAAUAAAUGGGCAGAGCUUUUUCAAUACGCCAAGCCCAUUUAUUUUGCUUUAUAAAUGCUUACAAAUAAUCUUUAAUCAUUACUUAAGGCAUAAUAUAAGGUUAAAUAUUCAACAAGCUAUUUAUGUGUAUUAGUAUUUAAAGAGUCCUUAACUUUGAGUGUAAGCAUACUAGACAUGUACAUGUAUAUAUAUAUAUAUAGAAGCAAUAGAAUGUUUCAAAUAUCAUAAUAGUAUUCAUAGACAUAUAUCAGCAUUUUAUAAGUGUCAUAUUCCUUGUUUCAUACCCAAAGAUAUAAUUUCUAUACCAGUAUAUUGGAGCCUGUAGGAUCCUAUUCCAUUAUUCAAAUGUUAUUUUGGGGGAUUUCAUCGCACUCAGUGAUAGUUCUUGUUUUUCUAUAUUAUUUUUAGCUGAAUUUACUUGAAUUUUUUAUGGCCUUAACCUUCUGAACUACAGAACACUUUCUGGGUUGAUUAAACCAUGAAAAUUAAAGAACACUCUGUGUCGAUUAAACCAUGUAAAUUAAAUUACACUUUCUGUGUCGAUUAAACCAUGUAAAUUAAAGAACACUUUCUGUGUCGAUUAAACCAUGUAAAUUAAAGAACACUUUCUGUGUCAAUUAAACCAUGUAAAUUAAAGAACACUUUCUGUGUCAAUUAAACCAUGUAAAUUAAAGAACACUUUCUGUGCCGAUUAAACCAUGCAAAUUAAAGGAAACUUUCUGUGUCCUUUAAACUGUCUCAACUUAAGAACACUUUGUAUGUCUGUCUGAACUAUAGUACAAUUGUUAACCUAAACCUGAUGAAUUUAAGGACAAUGCCUGUUGUCCAUUAACAAUUAACCAUCUGUACUAAAGUACACUCUGUAUUAAUUAAACAGAUUGUGGGAAAAGUUAAUUUUAACAGGGCAUACUUGUGUCAAGAUGAUCAAGUUCAAAAUUAAUCAGGAUUCAACAGAGCUUUCAAGUUCAGAUUUCUAUAUAUUUGUAAACUUCGUUGCUAGGCACUAAUUUUGCAUUUCAAAUAGUAAGAAAAAACACUUUAAAAUGGAUAAAAAUGGCUUUGUUAACAAUUUUAACAGGAUAAACUUUAAGUCCCUUUAUACCGGUUACCAGGUCUUGAAUAUUUAAUACUCAAAAGAAAUUUUCAGGAUUUGGAUUUUUGAUGGGUCGUUAUCUUCCCUUGUCACAUAAUAUGUACAUCUUUGGAUAUAUAAACACAAUUAGCCUUAUUGCAAUGUUUUUAUGUUACUAGAUUAUGAUAAAUUCUGCCAUACAAAAAGUCUGAACUUAAGCUAUGGCAACAUUUAGUUAUUAUUAUCAUAUUUGUUUAUUAAAUGAAUAAAUGAACAUGUUCAUGAAUGUUCAUAUGUUCAUGAAUUCAUUGUAUGUGAGUUUGAAGAAUGCGUGUUUAUGCAUCUGUAAUAUUUUAUUUUUGACAACUUUAUGUGCAAUAUCAUGUGCUUUUUUCGACACGUGAUGCAAUGGUGUUGUUGUUUUUGUUUUUACUGUUGGCGCGGUGACAUGCGUAAAACAAUUAUGAUUUUAGUAAAUGUUAAAUACAUAGGUGGCAGUAUCAGUCAAAGAGGAUAAAACAUUUUUUUUUUAAUAUACCUGGUAGUUAUAUUUAUUGUAAGCACAUUAUUAUAGACAAAUAUAAUUGUACCCUUAUUAAAAGAGCAUGCCCCCAAUAGACAAGCCGGGGGUGGGGUGUGGGGGGGUGUCUUUUUGUGGACCUAUUUUUCAAAUUUGUGACAUUGAUAAAGGGAAACUUUACCCUAAACUCCAAAGAAAGCUAUUUAUACCAAUGAAAAAUUAUUCUUGCGGCUACUAUUUCAAAGCACCUGUUGAUGACAUGCAUGUAUGGAAAAAUCAUACCCUUUUUUAGACAAAGAGACGGUCGUGAUAAAAUAUAUUUAUGUUUUUGACUCAAAUUUACUUGAUUUUAUAAAGUUGCUGAAUUUUAGCCUGCAGAAGUCUCUAAAAGACAUGCGCCCUGCACGUUUAAUGGGACAAAUAUGGUCAAUAAAAAAAACACACCACUUUUGACUGACACUGCCAUCUAUCGUUAAACGCUUAUAGUGUAAAAUAUUCAGUGUUGGUACAUUUCUUCAGAAUGUAUUGGCAUAUUAUGGCUUGCUGUUUAAGUGCCAUUGGAGAUUUACAUGUAAGUAAUAAUUUUUUCAUCAUUAUUCAUAUUUUUGUUCUUUUCAUGAUUUCUUAGUAAAAACAAUUUUGACAUUGUUGUUUUACUGGUAGCUGAUUCUAGGUACAUGUAUUAUGAUUCUUUUGAUUUUCAAUAUUAUUAUUAAUUAAGCAAGUGAUUAUAGCAAGUGAUUAUAUAAGUUUGAAAAAAGGUUUUAUUAAUUAGUUCAUUGAUUCUUUUUCUCAACAUUGCAUUAAUUUUUAUGAGAUUUUCAUAAAAAAAAUCAUCGCAAUUUUUGUUCCAUUUUUUUUUACAUUUUGUGACAGAAAUGUACACAUUUUGUAAAUGAUCUAUACAAACAAUUUGUUUUGUGAAAUUAUUGUGUAAUUUUUCUACCAUUUAUACAUGUAGAAUUAAGUUUGCUAUACAUUUUUUUUUUCAAACUUUGCAUUUUCAAUUGUCAUGGUUACAGUAAUCAGUCAUAUAUGUACUCAGUGUAAAUGUUUUAUACAUGUAGUUACUUGGCAAGGAUUGACAACUCAAGUCAUAAUAUAUGUAAAGACUGUUAUGUACAUGUUCUAUGCUAUUAUAUAUUUGUUCAUGAUCCAAUGUAUGAUUAUAAUCCUUGUGUUGAUAACAGAAAUCAUGCCUGAUAAAUCCAUUUAUUGUGGAUAAUGGAGAGGUUGAGAAACAAUACUUAUACGCGCACAUGUGGACUACCUUUUGGGGGCUGCAUCCUUCAGGUGUGUGUAGACUUUUUUUUUCGCGCUCAACGUCAAUCUGGUAUGUUUACAUGUGGACUACUUUUUGGCGGCUGCAUCAUUCAGGUGUGUGUGGACAUUUUUUAGCGCUACUUCAAUCUGGUACAUUUACAUGUGGAUUACUUCUUGAGUGCUACAUCAUCUAGGUAUGUGUACUACUUUUUGAGUGCUAUAUCAUCAAGGUAUGUGUACUACUUUUUGAGUGCUACAUCAUCUAGGUAUGUGUACUACUUUUUGAGUGCUAUAUCAUCAAGGUAAAUGUACUACUUUUUGAGUGCUAUAUCAUCAAGGUAAAUGUACUACUUUUUGAGUUCUUCAUCACGGGAUGUGUACCGGUACUACUUUUCGAGGUCUUUGUCAUCCUGGUAAUACCUAUUUGAGAGCCAAUCAUCCAGGUAAGCAUGAACUACUUUAUAAAGGGUACAUCAUUGAGGUACAUGUAUGUUUGAGCCAAUUUUUAAGCUCUACAUCAUCCAAAAAUGUGAACUUUAGCACUUCAAUGGUAAAUACAAGUAAUGUUUACAACCUCACCAUUUUCUAUUGCUGUAUGUUUCUUUUAUCUCCUUUUUGGUAAUCUGUUUAUUAAAGCUGCACUCUCACAGAUUGACCAUUUUGACAACUAUUUCUAAUUUUUAUCUUGGAAUGAGCCAUUUUUGCAUAAAUGUGUGGAAACCAAGUGCUGACAAAAGAUCAGGUCACAGAUUUCAUAUUUACUUUCAAACAUUGAUGUCUAAUGUCUAAAAGUGUCACUUAUGUGAGAAAAACGAUUUUUUCAGCAGUUUUCAAAUAAAUAAGAUCUGUUCUAUUGUGAGUUAUCUUACAUGACUGAAUUAAAGGCAUUAAUGCCAAAAUAAGCUGAUUCUGAGACAUUUUCUUUUUAAAAUGUUCAAACUGUCAAUCUGUGAGAGUGCAGCUUUAAGUCGUGAAAAUAUUCCUACCAGUGACUGUGUGAAAUAUGCAUAACUUUUAUUUCUACAAUACCUGGUGUUUAUUUUUUUCAUUGUUUUGUGUUGUUAAAAGUUGUUUUUUGUUGAUUGAUGUGCGAAUGAUUUCAUCAUUGUUAAAGACUUAUUUAUCUUUUUUUUGUUAUAUCAUUAUAGAUGUAUAAACUUGCUGUUCAGUAAAUAUGGCAAUUAUACCAAAAUGUAUCUCCAAAGUUCUUUAUCCAAAUAAAAGAUUUUUUAUUGCAAA